UUUUCUAAACAUUUUUUUUUUACAUAUCUUGAACAACAGUCUAUCUCGUAGUCAUGGACGACGAGCAUCUCCAACCCAAAAAACUCUAAAAUUCUAAUCAAAUCAGUAUCGAUUUCUCUGGAUUGUAAAGAGAAAAACCCUAAUUAGUUAGUGAUGGAUCCAGAACAAACCUUCAUACGGGUUCAAGAACGAUUCUCACAGAUGCUAACACCAAGAAUACGAGCUACUCUUGAAUAUUUCUAUUUGAUUGUUGCUGUUUUUCUUUUCUGUUUGUUGGUUGUCUUGCACGCCAAUUAUGUCCAACAGCCUGGCUGUUCAAGUGAGCUUUCUCUUGUUGAAACAUCAGAUGCACAACUUGUUCACAUCAAGAUAACCAGCAUUGGGUUACUGAGUGCAUCUGAAUCGAAUGAAUUUGAAGAAUUAGAUCCUCAACUGUCGACAGAUAACUUGGAAGUUCAAAACGUAAAUGGAGACGGAUUAAUGUCUUUGGGUGCAAAGUUUUGGUCACACUGGAUAGGGUCAGGAGCUAGGAGAAGUAGAUUAGUGUUAAAAUCUUGGAAGACAGACGGCGAAUAUGUAGCAUCUCAAGGUGAUAGCUCAGUUGACUCUGGUAGCAGAUCUAAGACAGAUGUUGAUGAGAUGGAUAUAAAGGUUGAUGCCGAAGAUCCAGACCACAGUCUGCCUGUGUCUGCCAUGGAGUCCUUUAAAUCUGUAAUAAUGCGCCUCUGUGGGAAAUGGCAUAGGCGUUUCUCUUCCUUGUGGGUAAAUGUAAAACAUCUCUUGUGGAGCAUCAGCCAGUUAAGGAGUGUUGCAGGAACAAACAUGCCUAUAGAUGUCCCCAAGUGGUUGCAUACGUUUCACUUGGAUAAGAUUAACUCAUUUGCAGUUCAAUGGCUUGAGAAGAGAGGGAAAUCUUUUGAGCCUACUUAUUUGUAUACCGUGGAGAAGGGUUAUUUCUUGCUGUCUGAAGAUGCUAAAUCUCGAAGCAACAUACGCACUGUUAACAUUAGCAUUUCUGCUCGACAUUCUUGCCUUGGAAACAGGUGGCAGCAACUUAUCAUCAACAGAUUUGUCGGAUAUGAUACAAUUUUAAUGAAUAGUUUGUUGAGCUCUCCUGGUCAAGGUUAUUUGUACAACUAUCAGACGAAGGAAUUCUAUGAUCUUAGUUAUGCACACCAAGUAACCGAAGGUUCUACCAAAUUCGGAGACUAUCUCGUAACUAAGUGCGGUGUGCUCAUUAUGUCGCUCUUUGUCUUCUUCACAACGACGAUGUCAGUGUCAUUUACGCUGAGGGAAACCCAGACUCGGAUGCUGAAGUUCACAGUGCAGCUUCAACACCAUGCCCGACAUCAACUCCCGACUUUCCAGUUGAUCUUUGUGCAUGUAAUUGAGUCGCUGGUCUUUGUUCCGAUUAUGAUCGGCAUCCUCUUUUUCCUGUUCGAGUUUUACGAUGAUCAACUCCUGGCUUUCAUGGUCUUAAUUCUUGUCUGGUUAUGUGAAUUAUUUACACUGAUCAGUGUUCGCACACCCAUAUCAAUGAAGUUCUUCCCGCGUUUCUUCUUGCUCUACUUCCUAGUGUUUCACAUUUAUUUCUUUUCUUAUACAUAUGGUUUUUCAUACUUGGCCUUCGCAACUACUGCAGUGUUCAUGCAGCACCUUAUAUUGUACUUCUGGAACCGCUUUGAGGUCCCUGCUCUGCAAAGAUUUAUACAGAACAGACGAACUCAUUUCCAGCAGCAACCAAACAUACACAUUACCUCAUCGACAAUCCUUGCUUCAACGCUUCACAUAGCGAGAUUAAACAUGAGGAACCCAGUUCCAGUCCCACUUCAUGUCAAUAAUCAGCAUUCUACCGAGCAUGGGCAGAGAUCUGAUUCUACUGCAGUUCCUACUCCUGUAACUGUCCCUGCUGGGAUCCCACCAAAUGACAUUCGUACUGGUGCAUCAGAAUCCUUUCGCGGACUUAAUGAAAGACCCAACAAUUCACAGUUGCAGUCACAGGAACCACCACCUCCAACUUCAGGAGCUGCUAAUCCUAGCUCGUUGAAUCCAAUCAGUUCUCUGUUGUUGGGUAUCCUCGGAGGUGCUUCUUCAGAAAGCUUGAGCUCGUUCCGUUCCCUUUUCAGAGAUGUAAGAGAUAAUCAAGGCCAAGUGUACCCAGAUUCUCCUCGGCAACAAGAGAUUAACACCUCAUCCACACCCACUGUUGCACCUGCAAGGCUGAAUUCUUCCACAGGAACCACAGUAGAUCAAUGAAACGUUGCGGUGGAAGAAAAUUGGUGUUGCAUUCUUUUGAUACGUUAUGUGCAUUCACUGGCGCUCUAUACUGCAGAAAUUUCUGAGGAUGACGAAAAUGUAAUUUUCCGAGUGUAGCGUAUGAACUUUAUUUAGUUCCCAAAUUUGGGUGCAGCAAAAAUUACACAUGUCAAGAUACAUUUGUAUGUAAAUAACUUAGUAUAUAAAAACUUUCUAAGAAACCUUUAUUUUCAGUUUUCAAUUCUUAUAAAACAUAAACACCUAAUCUCAUCAAAGUCACAUUUAUGGUUUUUGUUA